AUGGUUCAAGCCUAUCUGAUACUCAACAACAUAGGAAAGAGGGGUAACUUCGGGACUCUUAUUCGUUCCGCCGCUGCUAUGGGGAUUCAGGACAUCUUUGUCGUCGGUGCCGAAAAAUUGAGAACAUUUGGCAAUCAAGUAUGCAUUACGGCACGUAUAGAUUACACAUGCUGGUUCCGCCAAAAGCGUUUCAUAUCCGUUUCCCAGAAUACUCUGAGCAAAUGUCGGCUGCACUACUGGAACACGUUGGUGGAACUCAAAGAAUUCCUUCAAUCAAGAGAUAUCAAAGUCGUUGGAAUUGAGAUUGACGACAAGAGCACUGCACUUACCGAGACUGACUUUACCAAUCAGGACAUUGCUUUCAUGCUCGGCAAUGAAGGGACCGGUAUGAAUGCCAAACAGAAGCAAAUAUGCGAUUCUUUCGUUUACAUUGAACACUUCAGCGGUGCUACGGCGUCUCUUAACGUGGCGGUUGCCGGGGGAAUUGUUUUCCAUCGGUAUGCGAUCCAAAACAGCAAAGCAACCCAAAAAAGAGAUGGGCAAAAAUACGUAGUUCAAGAAUCAGUUGCCGAAUUCGAAGAUCUAUCUCAACCCAACCGAGGCAGAGAAUAUCAUAGACAUGAUCCGGCGGACCUCUCUGACCUUGAUUUAAGUUUUGGUGGUUUAGAGCGCAAUGAAGAUUAG